CAUAUAUUGUCUUCAACCGCUUUUUGGCAUCUGUUCCGACAUCAUUUGAUAAUGGAGUCGGCUUUUCGUGUGAAUUACUGAUCAUAAAUUAGGUCACUUCUACGGAGUGGUGGUUCAUUCUAUUGUGAAAAUUUUGGUUUUGAUUUUAGUUUGGUACUUGUUUCUUUGAGUUAUUCAGUCUAGCGAGCUUUUUGAGUUCUUCGUCCAUCAUGGGCAAUUACGUGCGGUUUAAUUAGUAACAGAUGUAGUGGAUUCAUGCAAAGUUACAGUAGAUAGACAGUAUCUUAGUGUGAUGCAAAAAGAGCUUUUUGCAGCUGCCAAAUCUAUUUUGGGGUUGGCUCACGACCAGAUAAGAAAAUAUGAAUCAUGGCAUCUCCUUUUGCAACUUACGUGGUUCAAUUGACGGGAAUAAUCUUUCCUCUUGAAGGGGUAAAGGUGAAAGAUAUAGCUGUUGUACUAGUUUGAGCAAUGGCCGGACAAGCUGCAAGCUCACUGUCUGAAUCAUUUGAGUAUAUGCUGCUUGAGGGAGAUCCUUAUCAUCUAAGGGCCGUUGUAUCAACAAGUCUUAGUAGGCCAUGGAUUGAUUCCAACAUGCUGAAACUUAAGCACAGGAUAGGACGAGGAUCUUUUGGUGAUGUUUGGAUUGCGACUCAUCACCAACAUACUGAUGACUAUGAGCACUAUCAUGAAGUUGCUGUAAAAAUGUUAUACCCUAUAAAGGAUGAUCAGAUUCAAACUUGUUUAGCCAAGUUUGACAAGAUAUUCUCCAAGUGCCAAGGGCUAGAAAAUGUUUGCUUUCUUCAUGGUGUUUCACUUCAAAAUGGAAGAGUCUGCAUUGCUAUGAAAUAUUAUGAAGGAUCAAUAGGUGACAAGAUGGCCCGUCAAAAGGGUGGAAAGCUUUCACUUUUUGAUGUCUUAAGGUAUAGUGUCAAUUUGGCUCAGGGAGUGUUGGAUCUCCACAGAAGAGGGUUUCUGCUCCUCAAUCUUAAGCCUUGCAACUUUCUUCUUGACGAGCAUGAUCAAGCAAUCAUAGGAGAUUUUGGAAUACCACUUUUACUGCAUGGACUUACAUUGCCAUCUUCAGACCUGGUUCAAAGACUUGGUACUCCAAACUACAUGGCUCCUGAACAAUGGGAACCAAGCAUCAAUGGUCCAAUCUCAUUGGAAACUGAUUCAUGGGGGUUUGGAUGUAGCAUUGUGGAGAUGCUAAGUGGUGUACAACCUUGGCGUGGUAAGUCACCUGAUGAAAUAUAUCAACUAGUUGCAAUAAAGAAGGAAAAGCCAAAUAUUCCUCGUGGCUUGCCUCCAGAAGUGGUCGAUAUUCUUUAUGGAUGCUUUGAGUAUGAUUUUCGAGAUCGUCCUUUAAUGAUGGAUAUUUUGUGUGCAUUUAAAAGUUGCGAGGGUGCUGUUUUUAACAAGAGUGAUUCUGAUUACCAGAUGGCAGGAAAACGUUACACCAAUUGGUCACUCCUGAAGGACGAACUUCAGAUAGGUGACACUGUCCGCUCUAGAAAGCCCAAAAACUCAUGCAAACCAGAAAGCAUGGAGAUCCCAGAGGGAAAUGUUGUUGGUAAAGAAGCUGAUGGCGAUAGCAAUGGUUUCAUUCUUGUCAGGAUUCAUGGAUUUCACAAUCCUCUCAGAGUGCACUGCUCCAUGGUCGAGAGGGUGACAUAUGGCUUUGCUGCUGGUGACUGGGUACGGGUAAGGAAUGAGGACAAGAAGAGGUCUCCAGUUGGCAUUCUCCAUAGUAUAGAGCGUGAUGGAAGAGUAACAGUUGGUUUUAUCGGGAUGGACACUCUUUGGCAUGGGCAUUACUCGGAACUUCAAAUGGCAGAAUCCUACUGCGUUGGUCAGUUUUUGAGGUUGAAGGCAAGUGUCUCUAGUCCCAGAUUUGAGUGGCCAUAUAAACGAGGCAGCGGGUGGGCGACUGGUAGGAUCGCUGAGGUUCUUCCGAAUGGUUGUCUCGUGGUCAAGUUUCCAGGCAGAUUUAGCUUUGGAGAAGCCAGCAGAUUUCUUGCUGACCCUUGGGAGGCGGAAGUGGUAAGCUUUAAGACAUGCGAGGGAGUGGUAAAGAAGUACCAGCACCUUGAAGACUUCCAUUGGGUUGUGAGGCCAUUGGCCAUUGCUUUGGGUUUGUUCACAGCUUUAAAAUUGGGGCUUUUUGUUGGAAAAAGCUUCGGCAAGUCGAGCAGGAAGAAAGCUGGGAAAGUUAGCAUCUCUGGACAGGC